CAUAAUGUGCAGCCGUUUGGGUCCAUAGGACCAGGACUGAGAACCACUGGUCUAGACUAAUAGUUUCCUUCUUGUAAAUACACAAUGUGACAGGGCAAACGAGGAACUGAAUUUCUGAAUUCAUACAGUAUUAUUCCAUUGCGUGGUAACACACCUUUACCGGUAAUCCACGCCCUGCCUCCUUCCACAGGAACAUGUAGAUAAGGAGUAAAAAACAUAUUACAGAAUUUAGAAAGUAUUAGUGUAUUGACUAAAGGAUAAGCUUACUAAGUACAGGACCAAGAAUGGACAGAGGACUUCUCUUUGUGGCCUCUAUGGUGAUGGGCUGCCUGGCACCAGGUGUUAGUGGAAACGGACAUCUCUCGUUUGCCAAUAAUACGGAGGUGAAUAUCACACGGACAGGCUGUGGAUUGACUAAGCUGUGUGUAGAGACCCCAGAACAAUGUGAUCCUACAGGAAAAACAAGCUGCCUCUUCGCUUCCAUCGUCACCACCGCCCCCUCUCCUCCUAAUGGAGUAGACCUGUUAGUUGAGCUCCUUGGGGACUCCAGUGGAUACAUUGCUCUAGGACUGACUGCCAACGAGACAGAGGGAACGUCUAUGGUUUUUAUCUGUGCCCAGAACAGAAAUGGCAGUUUCUUCUUCCUCUCUGCCCAGCGCAACAACCUCAACAACACAAUUUCUCUGACACAAAGGAUUGUGAAAAACAUCACUGGCUCAGUCAAUGGGACUAUCAUACAGUGUAAAUUCAUGCUGCCAGCGGUUAAUGCAACAACCAGGACCAGUCACGUCACCACCUUCGUCACCUUCCUCGCUGUGGGAAAUGUCACAAACGGUAUGGGUAUUGGUGACAUCAACAUACGCUUGACCAAUAAACCGUUGAACCUGGCUGACCCUACCAGCAACGUUGCAACAACAACAACAGCAGGCAGCAGCGCACUCACAUCCCAAGCUGUGAUGGUCCUGCUCAGUGUGCUGAUGUAUCGUCUUUCCUGAAGAGAACCUGAAGGUUAGCCAGCUUCAACACCAAUGGAAAGAACCCUUUUACCCUAAAUAUUUGAAGGAAAAUUGACUCCGUAUCUCAGAUGAAUUACUGUUACGUGCAAUGCUACUGUUAAUGUGGGAUCCUGGUAACUUAAAUGUGUGUGAAAGGGAACAAUUAGAAUGUACGUAUAAUACAGUAAAAGGAAUUAAUGUACAGUUGAAGUCAGAAGUCUACAUACACCAUAGACAAAUACAUUUAAACUCAGUUUUUCCCAAUAUUUAAUCCUAGGUCAAUUAGGAUCACCACUUUAUUUUAAGAAUGUGAAUAAUAGUGAUUUAUUUCAGCUUUUAUUUCUUUCAUCACAUUCCCAGUGGGUCAGAAGUUUACAUAUACACUCAAUUAGUAUUUGGUAGCAUCGCCUUUUAAAUGAUUUAACUUGGGUCAAAUGUUUUGGGUAGCCUUCCACAAGCUUCCCACAAUAAGUUGGGUGAAUUUUGGCUCAUUCCUCCUGACAGCUGGUGUUACCGAGUCAGGUUUGUAGGCCUCCUUGCUCGCACACUCUAAGUUCUGUCCACAAAUUUUCUAUAGGAUCGAGGUCAGGGCUUUGAUGGCCACUCCAAUACCUUGACUUUGUUGUCCUUAAGCCAUUUUGCCACAACUUUGGAAGUGUGCUUGGGGUCAUUGUCCAUUUGGAAGACCCAUUUGCGACCAAGCUUUAACUUCCUGACUGUCUUGAGAUGUUGCUUCAAUAUAUCCACAAUUUUCCAUCAUGAUAACAUCUAUUUUGUGAAGUGCACCAGUCCCCCCUGCAGCAAAGCACCCCCAUUUACAUGAUGCUGCCACCCCCAUGCUUCACGUUUGGGAUGGUAAUCUUCAGCUUGCAAGCCUCCCCUUUCUCCUCUAAACAGUUCUAGUUUUGUUUCAUCAGACCAGAGGACAUUUCUCCAAAAAGUAUGAUCUUUGUUGCAAACCGUAGUUCAGCUUUUUUUGGAGCAGUGGUUUCUUCCUUGGCGAGCGGCCUUCUUUUACUAUGGAUACUUUUGCACUUUUCUCAAAGUACAUUCAUCUCUAGGAGACAGAACACUUCUACCUGAGCGGUCAUGUUUAUACAAACGAUGGUACCUUCAGGUGUUUGGAAAUUGCUCCUAAGGAUGAAUCAGACUUGUCUGUCUACGUUUCCCAUGUCAAGCAGAGGCACGCCUUGAAAUACAUCCACAGGUACACCCCCAAAAGCCAUGACAAUUUCCUGUUAUUUCCCAAUCUGUUUAAAGACAGUCAACAAUUUUUAUGCACAAAGAUGUCCUGAUUUGCCAAAACUAUAGUUUAACAAGAUUUGUGGAGUGGUUGAAAAACCAGUUUUAAUGACUCCAACCUAAGUGUAUGUAAACUUCCGGCUAAACACAAUACUGCCAAUUUCAUAUGUGGAUCCUUUAAUAAAUACUUAUACCCUC